AUGGCCGACGAAGCGUUGAAAUGCUUUACGACAUUGCUCGAGAGCAUACCGGGAUGGAUUGCGGACCUAGAAGACACACUGCAGACGGCAGCCAAACGACAGAAGGAGAUGCUGUUCGAGAACCAACCGGCACAAGAUGAACAGCCGAUCGAUUCAUGCCAUGAUCCGCCGCGACGACCGUCGAAGUCGUCUUCCCUCCGUUCGAAACGAUCUUUAGUCGAGGAAGCCGAGGGCCCGAAGGCGAACGACAACCAAGCUUCUCCUGUUGAGAUCCAAAUGCCGCAUAUGACACAGUCAGACGCUCUUCGAUUGGCACAGCGAAAACGAAAGACAGCUUCAGUAUGCUCAGACAGGGCGGAAGGUCCGCACAAGUACCGAUCAAGAAGUAUGGUGGUUAUAUAUUACGAUGGAGACACACAAAAGCGGUUCGAAGAGAUGGUACGGGCGAUAAGCACUUGCAGAAAUGCACUGAGAAAGGCAAAGAUGAAUGCGAGAAUGGAGAUUGUGCUGUCAAAGUCACCCCCGCAUGAUAAGACGGACGACUCAGACAACGACGACGACAUUGAGAUCCCCACCAUGGUGGUGAGGUCGGCAAGGGCGAGACAGAAUGAGGCUUCGUCAACAAGUAAGGAUGAGACGCAGGCUUUCGAUCGGAUCGAUGGGUUCUUGGAGAAGGCUCAGAUGAUGUGCGAGCGGGCGGCGCAUCAGAUCUUGCGAGACGGCGAUUGUGCUUUGGAGAUCAAGCAUGCUCAGCAGUAUUUUGCGGACGCUCGUAAGCUAGGCGAAGAUGAGAAGACGACCUGGCAGAAGCGAGCGGACGAGGCUGCUGAGAAGAAAGUCCGGGAUGGUGAAGCAUGCGAGGCGGCGAAGGAGACGGCUGUGCAACCCAAAGCAACAUCCUCCGAAAAACGCCUCUUGACCGCUGCAGACUUGCCCACGCCGCCUUCGACCUUGGAACCUGAUAUCGAAGUCGACGAUGAGGCGGAUGACGAUGAAGGCUUCACUCCCCUCGGUGGCCCGCAAUAUACGAAGCCCUACUUUCGACGAGCAGGUCUGACGGCUCACUGA